AUGUCUUCUGGUACUCUACCAGGCGAGUCCAGCACGUGCAAUGCCACAUCAACGACGAAUGAAUUAAAAGAUAGUGAAUAUGUAGACAUUUUAGGAAAUGGCACUGUCCUGAUAAAGACUAUUAGUAAGGGUCUGGGUCAAGGGAGUCGUCCUUCACAUGGUGAUUCAGUGGUGAUAAGUUACAAGUGUUAUUUGGAAGAUGGCACGCUUGUUGAAGAAUUAGAAAACCAGAAUAUUGUAAUUGGUGAUGGUGAUUGCACACACGCAAUUGACCUCGCCCUUCCAUUUGUUGAGCUAAUGGAGGAAUUUGAACUCGUCACCGAUGCUCGUUUCGCUUAUGGCUCUAAGGGCAACCCACCUAAUAUUCCACCUAAUGCUAAACUUACCUAUCGUAUAUCCCUUAUUGCCUGCUUUGAUCCACCUUGCUAUGAAAAGAUGUCCAUAACGAAGCGUUUCGAAAUAUCAAACCGAAAACGGGAACGCGGUAAUUUCUAUUUCCGACGCGAAGAUUAUCAACAUGCCUUAUUCUGCUACUCCACAGCGCUUGAAAUUUUGCUGAAAAAGUCAAAACUACCAAUGUCAGAACCUUCUUCUGAGGAAAAUUUCAAUGAUGAGUUGCCGGAAAAACCUAUUCCUACUGAUGCACAACUAAGGGAUUUGGAGAUAAAACUGAAGAAUAACAUGGGUGCAUCUCAAUUAAAAUUGAUGGCUUACACAGCGACGGUCGGAUCUUGUAAUGAUGUCCUUCGUCUAGAUCCUACAAACAUCAAAGCAAUUUAUCGAAAAGGCCAAACUGGUUCUAUUAAUCAGAGUUUUCACUGA